UUGGAAGAUGGAGUCCAAUCCGUGGACCGUAACCCCUGGAUCCUCAUCCUCCCAUGGGACAAAAACAGGACUUGUUGGAAAAAGAACAGUGGAGAAACUACAAUGUGAGUUAGACUUGUCUUCUUUAGGAAUGUUUGACGAGGAGCCUCACGACCCUAUCGAUAAGUCUUUCCAUGAAACUGGGACUCCUGUAGGAGAAAAUAAAAGGAAGAGAGGAAGAGAUGAUGACAUUGAUCUACUGAAAACACCGCCACAGAGACAGAAGAGAAAGAAGAUCAGGGGAAAGGUUUCUGGUGAUGUCAACACAAACAAACCCUCAUCUAAAUCCGCGGUUAAAAAGGCCUCUGCUACUGCUAAAACCUCUGUUCGUCCAAAGAGAUCAACCAGAAGAUGUCUAACAUUCGACAUUGAUGCUCAAGUAGAAGACAUCUUUGGUAGCAUCCCUAAGAGAAAAAGACGGAGCAGGACUAAGUCAAUGGAGAAACCACUUGUAGAAUUUCCAAAGAUCCAGAGGAAACGGAGAUCUAUUCUAGUCCAGAGAUGCAGAUAUCCACUGCUUAAAGCCAUAAUAUCAAAGAUGCAGUCAGGUGUUUCCAGAAAGAAGCGAAGCAACAGAGACCCUAUAGCAAGCAAACUCAACGCAAGGGUGUUACGCUUGCAGUGGCGACGCCUGAAUCUAACAGGUACGUCUCAUGAGGAAUUAUGGAAACAGAAGUCUUCAAUUGAUUUUAUCACCGAGCUAAUCGAGGAGCUAGACAUCACGAGAGACCGUCUUUCCCUCCCACAUAAUCGAGAAACCGCACUUGUUCUACAUCAAAAGACAUGUCAGCAACAAAAGUCAGCAGUGCAGUACAAGAGAGACGGGUCAAUCGUUCCUUUUCCUAGUGAGAAAAACCAUCAAACGAAAGUAGAAUUAGAUGAAGAAACGAAGAGAGUGUGGAAACUCCUCAUGGUGAGUAUCGACAGUGAGGGUAUUGAUGGGUUAGAUGAGGAUAAAAAGAAAUGGUGGGAAGAGGAGAGGAAAGAGAUCCAUGCACGUGCAAGCUCCUUCAUUGCUCGCAUGCGUCUUGUACAAGGUGAUAGAAGAUUCUCACCUUGGAAAGGAUCUGUCGUUGAUUCAGUUGUUGGUGUUUUCCUCACCCAAAAUGUGGCAGACCACUCAUCAAGUUCUGUAUUUAUGGAUAUAGCAGCAGAGUUUCCAAUGAUCUUCAACUCCAACGAGGGACCGUGUCUUGAAGAGUGGAAUGAAAUAGCAAUGAAUUUGGAUCCGAGAUAUGGAGCUACAACUCACGGAUCAUGCAAUCCAACUAUCAUAAUAGAUGAGAUUGAUGAUGAUGACGACAUUGAUGCUAUUUGUAGUCAAGAAGCUUCUACAAGCAGUGAGAAGUCCAUAAGUUCUACAAAUCAAUUAAAUAAGGUGAUGCCUGAACCUCUUACAAGCAAAUGUGAGGCAACAUUCGAUUAUUUCAGAAACAAUGUAAGAAUUCAAGAUCAAGAUAUAGUCAGCCAUCAACAAGAAGGCUCAAACUCAAGAUCAGAUCAACAUGUCAGGAAGAAUAAGAAGAAACCAAGAACUCUCCGUCCAAAGGGUCCAUCGGCAAAGAACAAGCCAAAGGAAAGUUUUGACUGGGAUAGUUUGAGAAGGCAAGCACAAAGUGGUGGCCAAAAGAGAAGAACAGAAAGAACAAUGGACAUUGUUGACUGGGACGCACUACGGUGUACAAGUGUAAAGAAGAUCGGUGCUAUAAUAAGAAAGCGUGGGAUGCACGAAAUGCUUUCCCACAGAAUCAAGGCCUUUUUAAACAGAUUGGUUCAAGACCACGAAGCGAUUGAUUUGGAGUGGCUAAGAGAUGUUUCCCCGGACAAAGCCAAGGAGUAUCUAAUGAGCAUACAUGGAUUAGGAUUGAAAAGUGUGGAGUGUGUUAGACUUUUGUCACUACACCAAACUGCAUUUCCUGUUGACACCAAUGUUGGACGCAUAGUUGUAAGACUCGGAUGGGUUCCAUUACAACCAUUACCUGACGAGCUACAAAUGCAUCUUCUAGAGCUGUACGAGUUGCAGUAUCAUAUGAUUACAUUCGGAAAGGUCUUUUGCACAAAAGUAAAACCUAAUUGCAAAGCAUGUCCAAUGAAAGCUGAGUGUCGUCAUUAUGCUAGUGCACGUGCAAGUGCACUACGUGAUCUACCAGAAUCAGAGGAGGAAGGAACCGUUGUGAUCCAUGAGAGAAGACGCAAACCCAAGCCUGUUACGGUUAACUUUCGGCAGUGUUUGUUUCUUGGUGAAGACAAAGAGCGAGAAGAAUCAAAAAGGCUCCAUGGAUGUGAACCUAUCAUUGAAGAGCCAACAUCGCCAGAAACAGUGUGUGCUGAUAUUGAGGACUUUCCUGAUCCUUGGGAAAACAAGGAUGCGAUUCCUACCAUCAUACUUAACAAGGAAGCUGCUAUGUCAAAGGAUUUGGUCCUAAUAGGCAAUCAAGCAUCAUCGUUGCACCCAAUCAAGCUCAAAUUCAUCGAAAACCUGCGCACAGAGCAUUGCGUCUAUGAGCUCCCAGACUCCCAUCCCAUUCUUAAAGGGUUUGAGAAACGAGAACUCAAGGAUAGGGUUCCCUACUUGUUAGCUAUUUGGAUGUCAGGUGAAACAGCCAGUUCGAUUAAACCUCCUAAACGAAUAUGUGUUUCCCAAGGAAGCAAUACAUUGUGUCACGAAAAGACAUGUUUUUCAUGCAACAACAUCCGUGAAGAAAACUCACAAGUAGUUCGAGGAACUAUAUUGAUACCUUGCAGAACUGCAAUGAGAGGAGGCUUCCCUCUGAAUGGCACAUAUUUCCAAACUAACGAGGUUUUUGCUGACCAUAGAUCUAGUAUUAAUCCCAUUCGCGUCUCAAGAGCUUCGAUAGGGAACCUAAGAAGAGGAAUCGUCUACUUUGGAUCCUCUGUUAGCGCCUGUUUUGGAGGUAUAUUUCCAAAACAAGUAUCAGCUUAUGAUAAUAAAGUUGAUAACAUCCAAGUGGAAGCUAUUCAAUACGGUUUCUGGGCAGGAUAUGUCUGUGUAAGGGGAUUUGACCGGAAGAACAGGAAAUCAAAAACUCUAGCGAGAAGACUGCAUUGCCCACCCAGCAACAAGAAGAAAGACGACCAUGAG